CGCUGCGCUACCUUGAAUGACAGCAGAGAAAUUGAGAGCUAAAAAGCAAGAAGAAGCAAGCUCUUGAAACAACCAACAACUAAAAUUUUAAGGUACGAUACAACAUUUUUAAAAAUUGCUGAAGAAUUCCAAAUAUGAUCACAAUUUAAUACGCACAAAAGCAGAAGCAACAAGCCAGCAAUUGACUGCGAAGCGAAACGCUCAACAGAGAUUGAAGUGGAAGCUGUAGACGAACGACGCGAACAAGCGGCCAGGCAGGCAAACAAAUACAUAUAGAAAAAAAAAUGAUUAAACUUUUCUCGCUGAAACAACAAAAAAAGGAUGGAGAUCAAACGGCACGCGGUGGCCAGCAGAAAAAGGCAUCAGCUGCCCAGCUGCGCAUACAAAAAGAUAUUAACGAACUAAACCUGCCAAAAACUUGUGUCACGGAGUUUCCAGACAGCGAUGACUUGCUAAACUUCAAAUUGAUUAUAUCCCCCGAUGAGGGCUUCUACAAAGACGGGCGAUUUGUGUUCAAUUUUCGCGUCGGCUCCAAUUAUCCACACGAGCCGCCAAAGGUGAAAUGCGCCACACAGGUGUAUCAUCCGAACAUCGAUCUAGAGGGCAAUGUGUGCUUGAACAUUUUACGCGAGGACUGGAAUCCAGUGCUGACCAUCAAUUCCAUUGUCUAUGGCUUGCAAUUUCUGUUCUUGGAACCCAAUCCUGAGGAUCCCCUAAAUAAGGAAGCUGCUGAUGUGCUGCAAAGCAAUCGACGCCAGUUUGAGUAUAAUGUUAAGAAGGCAAUGCGCGGCGGUUGCGUUGGCGAGACUUUCUUUGAAUGCUGUCUCAAGUGAUAUAUAGGAAAUGAAAACUCUAUUAUUUAAGUACCGGCAUCUGCCUGCCUGCUCUGUUGUUGCUGCUGCCGCUGACCCGCUCCACUGA